GAACGACUAGCAAAAAAGACAAAACAAAAGCCUAAACGGAAUAAACAAAAGCACAAGUCUUAAAAAAAAAACAAAAAAUAAAACAGAAAGUUAAUCCAAAAAUGAAACGAAAAUCGACGUAACGUGCACAAUUAUUUAAUCAACGCCAGAGGCCCCCUGGAAACGCCUCAAACAAAAGAAAAAAAAAACUACAUAGAAAGCGAAAAGGAAAGAGGAGAAAACUACGUAUAGGAAGUAAUAAUAGAAAACAACCAAUGUACCUGCAACAAUGAAAUUGAGCAAAUCUUAAACAACAAACCCCAAAAACCACAAACCAAAUUUCACCAGGAUAAAGAUUACUUUUAAAAAUAUACAAAGACACUCGAUAUAUACCAAAGAAAAGUGCUACACAUAUACUCGUAAACGAUAGGCAAUACAUAUAACAUAUGCUAUACAGACUACUACCGUACAUAAACCGUAUAAACCGUAGUUCGUUGACGUUUGUUCACUGCUGGGAGGAUAAGGAUAGCGAUAGAGAUAGAGAGUACCCCCAAUCCAAUCGUUGGAUUGGAUCGUAGAGUAAUAUGGAACUAACCUCGUAGUUUGUAGAGAGACGUGCGUCUCCGCAAGUAGGAAGCAAAUCAAAUACUCGUAGCCGCAACAUUAACGCACUUAACGACUAACUAAAACUACCAAGUAGUUGCCUCUCUUAUACAAUAUAUACAUAUAUAAUAUAUACACCUAAAAGAUAUAUACAAGAUACCUAGCUGUAGCCGAACAUAUACGCCAAUCUAUAUAUCUACCUAUAUGGAUUUAUUUUUAUAAUGUCGCUAAACGAGCCCGAGCAUCCUCAGAACUACUCCCACUCCCACUCUCACUUCGAGUAACACUCCGAGUCACGGCCCCUAGUCCUCCUCGACCUAGGCCUUUCAAAUUGCAUCUGAAUAAGUAACGAGGUCGAUUAAUGCAUUAAUUGGGUGGCGAAGGACAACGCCACGCCAAGCCGUGCCAAGGAGGGACCCCACCCGGUCCGGUCCGGUCCUUGCCCCCGCCCAGCCGCAUCCUUUCUCGCUCGCGUGUCGUGCCGCUCGUGCUAGAAUCCAAGGAGAUAUACGCGCUCACACACACACACACAUCAUAUAUAUAUAUAUAUAAGGAAAACUACCUGCUUUGGGUUUCCUGUGUGGCGCCUGCCUUGACGUAACUUUGGGCCGCACAGCUGCAGGAGGAGGAGGAGGGAGUAGCACCGAAACGCCUUAACCUGACUCACUUCCAUCGCUCCAAAGAGCGACCGCAACGCCAGAAACGCCAAACCUUGCCCGCUGUGCGUUCAUUAAACUUUCAUGACCAAACAUUAAAUUGCAAAGAGCAGGAGGAAGUGAAAGUGGAGAGGAGAGAAGAUAAACGGAGGAAUCCGAACCCCCAUUACCAUUCCAUAGCAUACAUUUCGGAGUAAGGAAACUAAGCCAAAGUAACAACGCUCCAUCAUCCCCCGGCUCGGUUGUUGUUGUUUUUUUGUGAUAAAUUAUUCACCGAUCCGGAUCCGGAUCUUGAUCCCGCCCACCCAAUCCAGCCCUUCUUGUUCUUCGGCCUCAGCUCCAGUUCCAGUUCCAGCUCCAGUUCCAGCCCCACCAUCACCUUCUACACCACCACCAAAAACAAUAACGAUACCGUAGAGGAAAAACGACAUUUAUAAUCCAAAGUACAAACGAAUAAUCCCAAACAACGCUGCAACCCGAACUAAACUAUAAAUAGCAACAUAUGGUAUUAUUAUACAUUGUACAAGCCGGCAGAUAUACAUGAUAUGAACACAUAACCUCCAAGCAAACACCCGCAUAACGAAUAACGAAUCGAAUCGAAACGAAGCGAAGCGAAACGUGCAAAACCGAAAGCAAUACAAGCAAGUGCUGUUAACUAUUUUAGGAGCUACUUUUUAGACAUUCAACCCUACGUUACUUAACACCCAAGAACCCACCAAAAUAACCGAACCCCAAACCCCGGAAGGAGGACAACAAGCAGGAGGCAAUGCAGUGAGAGUGAAACAGAUAGACUAACACACAACGAAAAGCAAUUUAUUUUGGCAUUGGACCUGUGUUAGUUAAUGCCAAAAAUCGAAACGGAAGUUGCACCCCCACUCCACACACAGACACACACCCACAUAAACACCUAAAAAAUGCCCAUAACAGGGUUAAGAAUUGCAUCAGUCAUCGCGGGGCGUCCAUUAUAGGACGGAAUAGCCCCAACAAAAGGCACCAACAGCCACCACAUCAGGAGUUUAGCGGCAACUGUAACGGUUAGAGGAUAGCGGCUAGCGGGUAAAAGUGAAAAGUGGCGAGAGAGUGGCGAAACUCCACCGUUACUCGAUGUGGUGCUAGUGGUGGCGACGUGACGGCGGCGUUGUUGAUAGAAAAUGCACGUGAAACACACUCAGCGCCGAGUCAGCGGUCCUGGAGCAUUCGGAACCUUUACCAACGAUCAACGAGCUAGCCGCGACAACUUGUACCCCGACGACCAUCAGCAGCAGCAGCAGCCUCCGCAGCGCCACUCGCACUCGCACCAGCACUUGGUGCGGCAGUCUCUGACCAGUCUCAGUCACGGGCAGGCGUCAUCCGGAUCCGGGCCAGCGGGGGAUGAGCAGCGGGCCCAGCAGCAGCAGCAGCAGCACCGUCAUCGCAGCAGCAGCAGCCGGCUCUCGAGCGGCAUCUCGAAGCAGAACUCCAGCGACAGCCGCAGUGGACUGCGCAUCCUCGACAGCCACAGUCCGGUCAGCUGCGGCACGCACAGCGUGAGCAGUACUGGCGGCCACUCGGCGCUCUACGAUGCCUGCCACGAGUACACGCGCAGCUUGAGUGCAGCUCCAACCGUUGAAGCAAGAUCGGGAGCGGGAGCGGACGCAUCGUUGCUGAAGGGACACUACAGUGAUCAGCAGCUAGCGCAGCCAGAGCCAGAUCCAGAGCCGGACCCUGAGCGUGACAGGGAUCGGGAUCGUGAUCGAGAUCGAGAGCGGGAAAGACGCCAUCUGACCAAUCUCAAUCUCAAUCUGAACAGCGAGUACGACUACAGCGGCAGCGACAAGCAGCAGCUGGUGAACGAGACGUACAUCUUCAAGUGCAUCGCCAACAGUCCGUCGUUUCUGCGCACCAACAAGAUCAAGGAGCAGUCCAAGAAGCUGCGCAACCUCUCGCUGAAGACGCGCACGGCCAAGAAGAAGGGCCAGAUCAUCUCCAAGUCGAACGCGGUGUCGGACAACUCGCUGCAUCCGGGCGACAAGUACCUCAACUUGUAUCUGGUGGAGAAGAAGCACUCGCUACAGCUGCAGGCCACAUCCACAUCCGCGUCCACAUCCACGCCCAAUCCUCACUCAGCAUCAGCCCCGGCCAGCUCAUCCUCAUCCUCGACGGCGACGACUGGGCGUCCGCAGCAGCAGUCCCAACAGCUGCCAGCACUAUCCGCGGUUGCCGCACGCCAGCAACAGCUGCUCCUCAACGGAUCGCUGAAGAGCAAGACGAAGACCUUCCCGGCCUACAGAGCGUCCGUGAAGAGCGAGAGCGAGUAUCGCGGGAGCGGCAGCAACACCAUUCCGACGACGGGCAAGAGUCCACCGGUGCCGCACUCGCUGGCGGCCAAGAUAAGCAGCGGCAAGAACUGCAAUCUGCUGCAGAGCGCCGGCAACAAGCAGCUCAGCGUCAGCAGCAACUCAUGCCACAAGCUGCAUGCCCAAGGACACGGACACGGACACGGACACGGACACGGCCACUACGCGGGAGCACAAGCACACCAUCUGGCCUCAUCGCCCAAGAGCUCGGUGUCGAGCAACGGACACCUGAACAAGUACUGCCUGACAGACCUCACGCGCCGCAAGGCAGAGUUCAAUCGCCAGCUGAGCGCCCCCACGGACUACACGCACCACUCCUCCAGCAACGGGUCCCAGCAGGAGGGUUCCUCCGAGGCGGCCAAUGAGGCUGUGGGCGAGUCGACCAUCACUGUAGCCAGUGCGGGAGUGCUUGGAAACGGCCACGGCUAUCCUUACAUCCAUCAGGCCUCGGCCACAGCACCGGCCAAUCUCAAGGCGUCGCUGCAGCUGCACAACUUCGGUGUCCAUCAUCCGUAUCCGUAUCCGUCGCGUCCUACGUCCACCUCGUGCACGAACAGCUUUAACCGACGCCACAUACGACGGCACAAGAGCAAGCUUGGCGAACGUUUGCUGAGCGGCGAUAGUGAGGAAUCGGUGCGCUGCUCGUACUGCUCCGUCUUGAAUGUGAAUGAGAACGAUUUGCGAAUUUCGUUUGAAAACACCUGCACCGACUCGCUGGUCACCGCUUUCGAUGAUGAGGCACUGCUAAUAUGCGACCAAGGAACCGAAAUGGCAAGAGCAAAGGUACACUUUGAUGACGUGUCGUUGUACGGCACUCCGAAAGAGGAGCCGAUGCCGAACAUACCGAUCGUGUCGGAAAAAGUCUCUGCGAAUUUCCUAAAAAGUCAAUUGCAAUCAUGGUUCCAGCCGACGGACAAUCGUUUGGCCAUGAAACUAUUUGGCAGCCGCAAGGCAUUGGUCAAGGAGCGCAUACGUCAGAAAACUUCCGGUCAUUGGGUCAUACACCCGUGCAGUUCAUUCAGGUUUUACUGGGACCUUUGCAUGCUUUUAUUAUUAGUAGCAAAUCUUAUUAUCCUGCCAGUCGCAAUAUCAUUCUUCAACGAUGAUCUGAGCACACGAUGGAUUGCCUUCAACUGCCUAAGUGAUACUAUUUUUUUAAUAGAUAUUGUAGUCAAUUUUAGAACAGGAAUUAUGCAACAAGACAACGCUGAACAAGUAAUAUUGGAUCCAAAGCUUAUAGCUAAACACUAUUUAAGAACUUGGUUUUUUCUCGAUUUGAUUUCGUCGAUACCGCUAGAUUAUAUAUUUUUAAUUUUCAAUCAAAUUAUGAAAUUGCAGGAUUUCUCUGAUUCUUUUCAAAUUUUGCAUGCCGGACGCGCCCUGCGCAUCCUGCGCCUAGCUAAACUACUCUCCCUCGUCCGCCUGCUCCGGCUCUCCCGCCUCGUGCGCUACGUAUCCCAAUGGGAGGAGGUCUAUAUUCUGCAGAAUCUACAGAAAAAAAGUGCUGAUCGCAGAGGGAGAAUGCACAGAAAAGACAAAGAUGGCUUGACAAAAAGCAACCUAAUUCUCAAGUUCCUCAAUAUGGCCUCGGUGUUCAUGAGGAUCUUCAAUUUAAUUUGCAUGAUGCUCUUGAUCGGACACUGGAGCGGUUGCUUGCAGUUCUUAGUGCCAAUGUUGCAGGGUUUUCCAUCAAACUCCUGGGUAUCCAUCAACGAGUUGCAGGAAUCCUACUGGCUGGAGCAGUAUUCGUGGGCAUUGUUCAAGGCCAUGUCGCACAUGUUGUGCAUUGGCUACGGCAGAUUUCCACCACAAUCACUGACAGACAUGUGGCUGACCAUGCUGUCGAUGAUAUCCGGCGCCACGUGUUACGCAUUGUUCCUGGGUCAUGCGACCAAUCUCAUCCAGAGCUUGGACUCCAGCAGGCGGCAGUACCGCGAGAAGGUCAAACAGGUGGAGGAGUACAUGGCCUACCGCAAGCUGCCGCGCGACAUGCGACAGCGCAUCACGGAAUACUUUGAGCAUCGGUACCAGGGUAAAUUCUUCGAUGAAGAGUUGAUCCUUGGCGAGUUGAGCGAGAAAUUGCGCGAGGAUGUCAUCAACUACAAUUGCAGAUCCCUCGUGGCGUCAGUGCCUUUUUUUGCUAAUGCCGAUUCGAAUUUCGUUUCCGACGUAGUUACUAAACUGAAAUACGAAGUUUUCCAACCAGGUGAUAUUAUCAUAAAGGAGGGUACGAUCGGUACAAAAAUGUACUUCAUUCAGGAGGGCGUGGUGGACAUUGUCAUGGCCAACGGCGAGGUUGCCACCUCACUAUCGGACGGUUCUUACUUCGGUGAGAUCUGUCUGCUGACCAAUGCGCGUCGUGUGGCCAGCGUGCGAGCCGAAACCUAUUGCAAUCUAUUCUCAUUGAGCGUGGAUCAUUUCAAUUGCGUGCUGGAUCAGUAUCCGCUGAUGCGCAAGACCAUGGAGACUGUGGCCGCAGAGCGGUUGAACAAGAUCGGAAAGAAUCCAAACAUAAUGCAGCAGAAGGACGAACAGCUGAGCAAUCCCGAGUCGAACACUAUCACGGCCGUGGUGAAUGCCCUGGCUGCCGAGGCCGAUGAAUGCAAAGAUGACAGUGACAUGGAUCUCAAGGAGAAUUUACUGCAUGGGUCAGAGUCGAGCAUUGCUGAGCCGGUUCAAACGAUACGCGAGGGUCUGCCCAGGCCUCGGAGCGGGGAGUUUCGAGCCCUGUUCGAGGGCAACACCCCAUGACACUGAGCCGAGGCGAUGGCGAUGACUAUGACGAAGACGAUGACGAUGGUGGUGAAGAGCGGUGCGGGCGGGCAUCGGGCAUCCAUCUGAAAGGCAAUUUUGCAGGACACACACUCACCCACACACACAGCCACAUACACAAAACACCACUCACACACACACAUGCGUAUAUAAUAAUUUAGUAAAUGAAACCCCAAGAAGCGAUAAGAAGAGUACACUAAAAAGAAUCAAUUUACGGUAGACACUCUAUAUAUGCAAUUGCGAUUUAGUAGAAAACAUUAAAAAAAGACAAAACAAAAAAAUCCAAAAAAAGAACAAAACAAUUACACAAAAAUGUCCUCAAUAAUUAUUCAUAAUUUCAGCUCCGCUAACUGUGAUGACUUUAAUAUAAGAAUCGAAAAAAAAAACAAUUACAUACAAAUAUAAAUUAUAUGAUAGAGAAGAAACUCAGCAGACAGAUCCGAAUCAGAAUCAGAUCCACACAGACCUAGCCCACAUACCGCAAUAGAAGAGUUUGCCACACACACAUACACACAAAAAAACACAUGCAACAACAACAAAAAUACAGACACAGAGAGAGACAUACCUUAUAGGGAAUCUACAUUUAAGUUUUAUGCCCACGAUAUUGUAACGAUUACGAAGUGAGUAGACUUUUGUGAAUUGCUACAGCGUUAGUCCUAUGGACCUACUACAGAACAUACAUACACCCACACCCACACCCACACAGAGACAGACACCAACCACACCUGUAGAUUGUAGAGUGGAACAGGGUAAGAGACAGUCGAAAUACAGACCGACUGACCAACAGAUCCGCAGACACGCAUCAACUUAUGAUGUAAGGAAACGGAGCGAAUCGUGAGGGCAUACCAAACACACAUAUUUAUGCGCGUAGCUAUUAUGUACUCGAGCAACCAACAAACAAACAAACAAACAAACAAUUAUGUAUUAUUGCGAUUAUAUAGCAUAUUUAAAUACGCAUUGCAAAAUGGAAACAACAUAACUCAGCAAUAUACAAGAAAACAAAAUGUAUUUAAGCAAGUUUAACGAAUGCGCAUUAGUAGUUGAACUAUUAGUUUUUCACUCACUAACAAAACUAAAAAACAAACAAACAAGUAACACCACUCGACACACAACGUAGUAGAGAAGCCUCAACAAAAAAUAAAAACAAAAAACAAAAGAAGAAUACGAGUAUAUUCAAAAGAAAACCAACCUCAGGGUGCCGUCGUUUCAGCGGUCCCCAACCGACAAAAACAAAAAACAAAAGAAGGAAGAACAAACAAGAAACCAACUAUAUACACGACAUAUAUAUACAAAACAUAGACAUUGUUGUCUUUUAUAGGGAAUUGUUACAAAGCCUCAGUUUCGGUUAUAUUUCAAGUAUGUAUUUAUUGCCGCCUGCCGCUGGUCAGGAUCAUAAUUUUCGAUUGAUUCAGAAUUUCCGUUCAGGAAUACAAUAAUAUUUGGUUACGAACGUGAGUUCUCAACGCAAGUGGUUCGUCUUUGAGUCGUCCUUGUUUGUCAUACUUUCAAGCAUAAAUCAGGCAAAGGACGGCGACUUGUCGGGGGAUUUA